UCUCUCAUAAAGUUUAGACAUUGCCCUUUCUCUCUUGAGGAGAGAAUUUCGCUAAUUAAUCCUGCAGGGACUCUCUCUCUCCCUGAAGAAUAUGGGUUUGAUGGAGUGUGAUGUGGAGGACAAGAAUCUAUGCCUUCAUGCCCCAACAUUCAUUGAGUGGCUCAAACCAUCUAAUUCCUCUGCUUCAUAUCUAACUCCCACACCCCCAUCAUCAUCAUCAACAACACGAACAUAUUCUUCUGUGACUCAAAAGAAGCUUGUCCAAGAGACUAUUCAACUCUUUCCAAUUUUAAGUGGAAAGCCCUUGAAAGAUGAAGAUCAUAUUGGAACACAACAAGUGGAGGUGAAAGAGGAAAAGGUGGAACACGUGACUGUGGCUUUGCACAUUGGAUUGCCUGAAAACACUAGAGGAGAUAUUCUUGAAGGUGAUGAUGAUGAUGAGAAGAUGGUUUUGAAUGUUAAGGAAGAAGAGCCCUCCAAGAAAACCUUCAAUGGCUGCUCUUUUAAUCAGGAGAGAAGGUUUUGGAUACCAACUCCUGCCCAGAUCCUUGUUGGACCGAUGCAGUUUGUUUGCUCCAUAUGCAGCAAGACCUUCAAUAGGUAUAACAACAUGCAGAUGCAUAUGUGGGGGCAUGGAUCUGAAUUCAGAAAAGGACCAGACUCACUUAGAGGAACACAACCAGCUGCAAUGUUAAGGCUACCAUGCUAUUGCUGUGCUCAGGGUUGCAAGAACAACAUCAACCAUCCUAGGGCUAAGCCUUUAAAGGACUUCAGAACACUCCAAACCCACUACAAAAGAAAGCAUGGGACAAAGCCCUUCAUGUGCAGAAAAUUAUGUGGGAAAACAUUUGCAGUCAAAGGGGAUUGGAGGACUCAUGAGAAGAACUGUGGCAAGUUGUGGUAUUGCACUUGUGGCUCAGAUUUCAAGCACAAGAGAUCUCUCAAAGAUCACAUUAGAUCCUUUGGAAAGGGUCAUGACCCUCUUCUUCCUAAUUCUCUUGAUGAAGUUUUUGAGGAGGAGAAUGAAUGUGUUACCGGGUCGGAUGAAGAUGAAGUUCUUGCUCAUGCAUGACCUAAUUAACAUUCUAUCGCCUUAAUUUCCUUUGUUUAUUAAGAAUAGUGAGAGCGUGCUUGGAAACCCUUCAGAUUCUGUUGUCAGGAUCAAAAGCUUCUGGAGGCAGCUUUUGAGUUUCCAAAUUGCUUCCGGCGAAUGAGAAGUUGAUCCAAACAUGCUCUAAGUUAAGUGUAGCUAGCUAGCGGAGCUUAUCACUAGCCUUGUGCUCAGUAACAAAACAUUCUGAAGAAUAGUGCUGAGGCCUGAACAUAGGGAGCGGUUUGCUACCGAGCACUUGCAGGGUUGUGAUAUGAGCUAUAUAUCUAGAGGUUUGUUUAAUUGGACGAGUUGGCUUUGUUUGUUGCUUAAUUAAUAACAGGGUUAUUGCCUCAAGUGAUGAAGUACAUGAAUUUUCUUCUCAUAGCAACAGAAAGGAUGUUUGGUCUUUCUUGUAGCUGACUCUUCAAAUGGAGAAAAUUUAUGCGCUUCAUUACUAAAUGGUAAGCCUCAUAUUUAAGGACUAUGUAACAUUUGAUAUUUGUGAUACUUUAAUUUGUUAUAAAAAUGCUGUUAUGAAAUGGAGGAGAAAGCCAUUUUCUAGUA